AGAGGAAGAGGCGCGUGGGACGCUCUACGGAGGCCGGCAGGGUUCCGCGGAUGCUGUAGCUCCGAAUCGAGAAGCACCUCGGGGAGGUGCGGGGGACCUCGGGCCGUCGUUUCUCUAACCCGAGACCCCGCGAGGGCUCCCCGGCAGCCUCCGCCAUGGUGAAGGAGCAGUUCCGGGAGACGGACGUGGCCAAGAAAAUAAGCCACAUCUGUUUUGGAAUGAAGUCCCCCGAGGAGAUGCGACAGCAGGCGCACAUCCAGGUUGUGAGCAAGAACCUGUACAGCCAGGACAACAACCACGCCCCGCUACUGUAUGGCGUGCUGGACCACAGGAUGGGUACAAGUGAGAAGGACCGUCCUUGUGAAACCUGUGGGAAGAACUUGGCCGACUGUCUGGGCCAUUAUGGCUACAUUGACCUGGAGUUGCCGUGUUUCCACGUGGGGUACUUCAGAGCCGUCAUAGGCAUCUUACAGAUGAUCUGCAAGACCUGCUGCCACAUCCUGCUGUCCCCGGAGGAGAAGAAGCAGUUCCUGGACUACCUCAAGAGGCCCGGCCUCACCUACCUGCAGAAGCGAGGGCUGAAGAAGAAGAUCUCGGAGAAGUGCCGCAAGAAGAACGCCUGCCAUCACUGCGGCGCCGUCAACGGUACUGUAAAGAAAUGUGGAUUACUGAAGAUAAUUCACGAGAAAUACAAGACCAACAAGAAGGUGGUGGAUCCCAUCGUCUCCACUUUCCUUCAGUCUUUUGAAACAGCCAUCGAACAUAACAAAGAAGUGGAGCCGCUCCUGGGAAGGGCACAGGAAAACUUGAAUCCCUUAAUAGUUCUGAACUUAUUUAAACGGAUCCCGGCUGAAGAUGUCCCUCUCCUCCUGAUGAACCCAGAAGCUGGAAAGCCCUCUGAUUUGAUCCUCACCCGGCUCUUGGUACCUCCCCUGUGUAUCAGACCCUCUGUCGUGAGUGACUUGAAAUCUGGCACCAACGAAGAUGAUCUGACGAUGAAAUUGACAGAAAUAAUUUUUCUAAAUGACGUCAUUAAAAAGCACCGGAUCUCAGGCGCCAAGACGCAGAUGAUCAUGGAGGACUGGGACUUCCUGCAGCUGCAGUGCGCGCUCUACAUCAACAGCGAGCUCUCGGGCAUCCCCCUCAACAUGGCGCCCAAGAAGUGGACCAGAGGCUUCGUGCAGCGCCUUAAGGGCAAACAAGGUCGGUUUAGAGGCAAUCUGUCGGGAAAGAGAGUGGAUUUUUCUGGCAGAACUGUCAUCUCACCUGACCCCAACCUCCGGAUUGAUGAAGUAGCUGUCCCAGUUCAUGUGGCCAAAAUUCUAACUUUUCCUGAGAAGGUGAAUAAAGCAAACAUCAAUUUCUUGAGGAAACUGGUUCAAAAUGGCCCUGAAGUGCACCCGGGAGCUAACUUCAUUCAGCAGAGGCACAUGCACAUGAAAAGGUUUCUGAAGUACGGGAAUCGCGAAAAGAUGGCUCAGGAGCUCAAGUACGGGGACGUCGUGGAGAGACACCUGAUAGACGGGGAUGUGGUGCUCUUCAACCGGCAGCCCUCCCUGCACAAACUGAGCAUCAUGGCACACCUGGCCAGGGUCAAGCCCCACCGGACGUUCAGGUUCAACGAGUGUGUCUGCACGCCCUACAAUGCGGACUUCGAUGGCGACGAGAUGAAUCUCCACUUGCCUCAGACGGAGGAGGCCAAAGCAGAGGCCCUCGUUCUCAUGGGGACUAAAGCAAAUCUUGUAACCCCAAGGAAUGGUGAGCCCCUGAUAGCUGCUAUUCAGGAUUUCCUAACAGGUGCCUACCUCCUUACUCUCAAAGACACUUUCUUCGAUCGAGCCAAGGCUUGCCAGAUCAUUGCCUCCAUACUGGUCGGCAAAGAUGAGAAAAUCAAAGUCCGCCUCCCACCCCCUACAAUAUUAAAGCCUGUCACCCUGUGGACUGGCAAGCAGAUCUUCAGUGUUAUCCUGAGGCCCAGUGAUGACAGCCCGGUGAGGGCCAAUCUGCGGACCAAGGGCAAGCAGUACUGUGGCAAAGGAGAAGACCUGUGUGUCAAUGACUCCUAUGUCACCAUCCAAAACAGCGAAUUGAUGAGUGGGAGCAUGGACAAAGGCACUUUGGGUUCUGGAUCCAAGAACAACAUUUUCUACAUCUUGCUGCGAGACUGGGGACAGAAUGAAGCUGCGGAUGCGAUGUCUCGGCUGGCCAGGCUGGCUCCUGUCUACCUGUCGAACCGCGGCUUCUCCAUUGGGAUUGGUGACGUCACACCUGGCCAGGGACUGCUGAAGGCCAAGUAUGAGUUGUUGAAUGCUGGCUACAAGAAAUGUGAUGAGUACAUCGAAGCCCUGAACACCGGCAAGCUGCAGCAGCAGCCUGGCUGCACAGCCGAGGAGACUCUGGAGGCGCUGAUCCUGAAGGAGCUGUCUGUGAUCCGUGACCACGCCGGCAGUGCCUGCCUCCGGGAGCUGGACAAGAGCAACAGCCCCCUCACCAUGGCUCUCUGCGGUUCCAAAGGUUCCUUCAUUAACAUAUCACAGAUGAUCGCUUGUGUAGGGCAGCAAGCCAUCAGCGGCUCCCGAGUGCCAGAUGGCUUUGAAAACAGGUCCUUGCCUCACUUUGAAAAACACUCAAAGCUCCCAGCUGCCAAGGGCUUUGUGGCUAAUAGCUUUUAUUCCGGUUUAACUCCCACCGAGUUUUUCUUCCACACAAUGGCCGGUCGGGAAGGUCUAGUCGACACAGCUGUAAAGACAGCAGAAACGGGAUAUAUGCAGAGAAGGCUUGUGAAGUCUCUUGAAGACCUAUGCUCGCAGUAUGAUCUGACGGUCCGAAGCUCUACCGGCGAUAUCAUCCAGUUCAUUUACGGGGGAGAUGGCUUAGACCCUGCAGCCAUGGAGGGAAAAGAUGAACCUUUGGAGUUUAAAAGGGUCCUGGACAACAUCAGAGCAGUCUUCCCGUGCCAGAACGAGCCUGCGCUCAGCAAGAACGAGUUGAUCCUGACGAGCGAGGCCAUCAUGAAGAAGAACGAGUUCCUGUGCUGCCAGGACAGCUUCCUGCAGGAAAUAAAAAAAUUCAUUAAGGGUGUUUCUGAGAGGAUCAAGAAAACCAGAGAUAAAUACGGCAUCAAUGAUAACGGCACAACAGAGCCCCGUGUGCUGUACCAGCUGGACCGGAUCACCCCCACCCAAAUAGAAAAGUUUCUGGAGACCUGCCGGGACAAGUACAUGAGAGCACAGAUGGAGCCGGGGUCUGCAGUGGGUGCACUGUGUGCCCAGAGUAUUGGGGAGCCAGGCACCCAGAUGACCCUGAAGACUUUCCACUUUGCAGGCGUGGCCUCCAUGAACAUCACCCUGGGCGUGCCUCGCAUCAAAGAGAUCAUCAAUGCUUCCAAGGCCAUCAGCACUCCCAUUAUCACAGCACAGCUGGACAAGGACGAUGAUGCGGACUACGCUCGCCUCGUGAAGGGGAGAAUUGAGAAAACCCUCUUGGGGGAGAUUUCGGAGUACAUUGAAGAAGUGUUUCUCCCUGAUGACUGCUUUAUUCUCGUCAAGCUCUCCCUGGAGCGGAUUAGGCUGCUGAGACUGGAAGUGAACGCUGAGACCGUGCGCUAUUCCAUCUGCACGUCCAAGCUGCGCGUGAAGCCGGGCGACGUGGCCGUUCACGGCGAGGCCGUGGUGUGUGUCACCCCCAGAGAGAACAGCAAGAGCUCCAUGUACUACGUACUACAGUUCCUGAAGGAGGAUCUCCCCAAGGUGGUGGUACAGGGCAUCCCAGAAGUGUCCAGAGCUGUCAUCCACAUUGACGAGCAGAGUGGGAAGGAGAAGUACAAGCUGCUGGUGGAAGGCGAUAACCUGCGGGCAGUCAUGGCCACCCACGGCGUGCGGGGCACCAGAACCACCUCCAACAACACGUAUGAGGUAGAGAAGACAUUGGGCAUCGAGGCUGCCCGGACCACCAUCAUCAAUGAAAUCCAGUACACGAUGGUCAACCACGGCAUGAGUAUCGACAGGAGGCACGUCAUGCUGCUCUCCGACCUGAUGACCUACAAGGGGGAAGUCCUGGGCAUCACCCGGUUUGGCCUGGCCAAGAUGAAGGAGAGUGUGCUGAUGCUGGCUUCCUUCGAGAAGACAGCUGACCAUCUCUUCGACGCUGCCUACUUCGGCCAGAAGGACUCCGUCUGUGGGGUGUCCGAGUGCAUCAUCAUGGGAAUCCCGAUGAACAUCGGCACCGGCCUCUUCAAGCUGCUCCACAAGGCCAACAGGGACCCAAACCCUCCCAGAAGGCCUCUGAUCUUCGACACAAACGAGUUCCACAUCCCCCUUGUUACGUAGUCCCAGGGAAGAGGAACCAUUCCCAGCCUCAGCUGCUUGUCCUGUCUGCAACUGACUGGGAGAGCUUUGUGCUCCCCGGGACAGAGGCCCUGAUGUCCCCGCCUGGGCCAGACGGCAGACAAGGCCUCUGCCUCCCCAGGAGCAGCUCCUCCCCGAGGGAACGGCCCACGCUGGUGACUGCCUGCACCACGCUGCUUGGAGAGAACUGAGGGUUUUAUUGUUUGUUCGAAACUUAAUGUACAGAUGGCUCUGCACUGCCUGCCCAUCCCUAGGCUGGGGAGGAGACCCCAGUUGGAUGUUGCCGCACAUCUGUCCGUCAGCUCCCAGUGGUGUCUUCACAGCUGGCUGGGAGCCAGGUCUGAGCCCUGCACAGGCCGGGACACAUUCCUGGUUUCUCCUUCCUUAGUCGGGCUGGAAUCUCAUUAUGUGACAUGCUCCUGAAUAUACUGUUCCUGUUACUUAUUUGUUCCAUUUGAGAGAGUUAGAAUUUUUGCUUUUUACUUUUGAACCCAAGAAGCUACAGAAACUGAGAAAAUCAGCACAGAAGUGCCACGGAAAAACUGGUCAAGCAGAUGGAACCGUCUAGGAUUCACAACUGGGCUGAGCCUGUGGGGAGGCCCGAGCUGCACUGAAACGUCUUUAUGGACGCCUCUGACUGUCCUGUUGUGUUCGUCGACCUCUGACCCCUUCGGGGCAGGGCUCUCUCUUGUGACAAAACAAACCCAUCCUUCAUGACCACAGAGGGCCUGCCGAGGUGGACAUGGGAUGGCUUGGAGCUUUGGGGGAAGGUUGGUCUGGGCCACUGCACCUCCUUGUGCUGGCGUCCACACCAUCUGCACGUUUGGUGCAGAACUGGUGGCUAUGCAGUGCCCCAGAGGUGCUGAUGGGAGAGGGACUAGCCUAGGUCCGGGAAGACACCAGCUGUAAGGAAUAAAAGGGUCAUGGAGACAGAAGGGCAGGAGGGUUGGGCAUCAGCUGGAGCUGAGGUCAUGCACCGAUUGGCCACUGUGGGCUUCUUGGGCGGUGUCCACCUCCUGUGACAACAGAAGGCAGGGACUCCUGGAAGACGCGUGGUCGCCACCUGCUCAGGCUCUGCUGCUCACUGCAGCGUUGCUGGGGGAGGUUAAGGCAGCUGAGGGGCUUUCAUGCUCCACAGGAAGGAAACGUAAGCAGCUUGUCUUCAGACAGUGUGUUCUUUGUCCUGUCCUGAACUUGCUCCGUGGCGUUGGCUGGGGGCCAGCGAGAGCAGUGGAGAGGGCUGUAGAACCCUCCUUGGGAAGAACAGCGUCCCUUCCCAGUGCUGGCACGUCUUCUGGCCCUUCCUUCCUUCCCAAGGGGCCCCUCCAUAGCCAUGGCCCCUUGGCAAGGACUUGACCCUGCUGUGUGGCCCCGUGCACUGGGGCAGUUUCUUUUGUGAAAUGACACGGCCAAGAAACAGCGGCCCAUACCUAUGAGACGGGAAUUGAUUGUGGAAGUGAAACAAUCGGUAUGGAUUAAAGAGAUGGGUACAAUAAGAGAAAAAAUAGGGGAGGUGCAUGAACUUGAGUAAUAUUCUAUGGACUCCCAUUCUUUGGAUGUUCCUGAGUUCAAGGUAACGCUGCUGAGGUUCGUGGCGGGUGGUAGAAUGAGCGUUUUCCCCCAUGCUGUGGGGUUCUGAAUUAGAAGUCCCGACCUUCAGCCAUUGCUCAGGUGAAAUCUCGCAUCAGGACAGGUGGUUGGACCCUGAGUUCUCCCUGUGCCCACAGUGAUAGGAAAACGCCAUCCGUGGUGCCUGAUGUUUGGCCCUCUGUAUCUUGGAACUGAGCCAGCCUGGUUCAUGACAAAGGAUGGAGCUGUUAACAAGUGCUGACUCGGUGUUUCCACUGGAGCUGGCCGCCGAGGGCACUGCUGCUCUCACGCAACCCAGGGAAGAGCCACAGAGGGCCCCCACCCCCCGCAGCUGCCAGCCUGGGAAAGACGCCAUGGGCCUGAUGAGAUCCAGAGGCAGUGGGGUGCACGCAGUGGGUGUGGAGGAGCACAGGCUGCUGGCCUCUGCUGACACCUUAGGGAGGAGCUCUAAAGACGGCACCGCGGCCUCCUGCUUGGGCCCAUGAGACAGGUGUGGCUGGUGGGUGCAUGUCUGCACUCCAGAACCAGCUGGCCUCGGGGUGGGCCGUUACAGAGGAGCACGUCUCCCAGGUGCCCUGGUCCUGCCAGCCCUGCUGUGACCUCUGACACAGGCCACACUGAGCAGUGCCCCAUUCUGUGCCCCUCCUGCAUCCCAUGCUGGGUGUUGAAACUCCAGGCCUCUGCCGGGGCACGGGGCUCCAUGCCAGCACAGAGCACAGUGACCAGGUAGCAGUGCCAUCCUAAGAGCUCAGUGGAGGGCUGAGGCUUUGUUCUCACUUACUGGGAACACUGAAGAGAAAAACAUUUAAGUUCUGUCUCACCCUCGAAAAUGUCCUUGUUUCUGACCAACCAUCCAUGCACUCUGCCCUUUUUACAUCUUUUGUACAAAGGGAACUAAGCUAGCCCCCGCGUUGCCCGAUCCUUUGUGGGCAGGGUUGCGUUCUGGCAUCUCGGCGUCUGUCAGUUGUCAUGGAGCCAGGUUCCAGUUUCAGGGUAGCGCCAUGCGGACUCACGGAGUCGUGUCUGAACUUGACACUGAACAGUGGUUGCUUCCCUUGAAUUCUUACUGUGCCUUGGCAGACCACUUUAUUUUUCUACCAAAACUCAAAAGGAAAAUCUUGCUGCCUAUGAAACUGGGAGAGUCAUCCCUGUGGGUUAUGAAGGAAGCAAGGCAGUUGGGCUCCACACAGACUUAGCUCUGACUCGGAUAAGAAACAUUGCCCCCCACCAGCACCACUUAGAAGCUGGGAAGCAAGGGCGCCCCUGUGAUGUGGGGGAUUCAGCUCCAGCAGGAGGUGCCACCUGACCAGGGUGAGGCACCUCAUGUAACCAUCCCUUAAUUCCACAGAGACAAAGCGCCUGCUCUAGCCAAGGCGUUUCAAGUGUUGGGAGUGCAGCAGUAAACACAAUAGGUGCCUCAGGUAUUAAUCCAGCUGCGAAGACCCAGCAGAUGGGGUGGAGCGAAGAGGACCUGUACACUUGGGUCAGAGCCUCAGGCUGCGCCACACAGGAAAAGGCCCCCGUGUGCUGCAGCCCUCUGGUCCCAUCUGCCCCCGCAAGGCUUUCAUGCCCCUAAUUUGGCCUCCUCCUCUUAGGUUUGGGUUCUUGAGGGUGUGUCCUGAGCCGAGGCCACAGCCUGCAGUCACUGGGAAAGGAUGCUGCCUGCCAUCCCCACCCCAGCCUCCUGCAAGGGUUGGGGUGCGAAUCACUUCUGCUCUGUGCCCAGCUGCGCUGGGCGCCUGGGGACUGGAGCUCACCAUCUGGUCAGUGUCUUCUGUAAAAGCCUGGACUCUGCUGUCAAAGUACCAGGAUUCAAGCAGUUCCCUUCUCUGGGGACUUGGAACCCAUGGCAACCCCUCCUGCCCUCACUUUGCUGGUUUCUAAGAAAACUUGAGUAUGUCUACCUCGGUCGGGGUCAGUGAAGUUUAAUGGUGAUAUUGCAGAUCAAGGUUUUAGUACAGUGUUUGGCACACUGUCCACACUGAAUGUUUUUUAAGAUAAUUUGAAUGGAAAGAUUUACUUGAGGGGCCAGUGUGGUCUAGCAAGUUAAGCCACUACACGCAGUGCCAGAUUACCACAUGAGCACCUGUUUGAGUCCCGGGUGGUCCGCUUCCAAUCCAGGUCCCUGCUGAUGAGCCUGGGAAAGCAGUACAAGAUGGCCCAAGUGCUUGGGCCCCUGCACCCAUGUGGGAGACCCGGAAGAAGCUCCUGGCUUCAGCCUAGCCCAGCCCUGGCUGCUGUGGCCAUUUGGGGACUGAACCAGCAGAUGGAAGAGAUUCUCUCUCCUCUCAGUAACUCCGCCUCCCCCCCCCAAAAAAAAAAAAAAAAGUCUAAAGAAAAAUUUAUUUGAAAGAGGAAAAGAGAGAUCUUCCACCUGCUGGUUUAUUCCCCAGAUGGCCACAACAGCCAGUGCUGGUGUGAGCCCAAGCCAGGAGCCAGGAACUGUGUCCAGAGCCCCUACGUGGGUGGCAGGGGCCCAUGAACUUGGUCAUCUGCUGCUGCCUGCAGGUGCAUUAGCAGAGAGCUGGUUCAGAAGCAGAGCAGCUGAGACUCAAACUGGCACUCCCGUAUGGGAUGCGGGUUUCCCCGGCAGCACUUUAACCUGUGCACCGCGAUGCCUGCCUCUGUGUCAAAUGUUUGCAGUUGCAGUGAAUGUUAGUGUUUCUGCUGAAGAACAUGCUCUGUGAACGGGAGACCAGUACUCUGCUCUCCUUGUUUUAAUUGGAGAAGUUGGGUGACCUCAUGCUCUGGUUCACUCUCCAGAUGCCCUCACUGGCCGGGCUCCAGCUCUGGCCCUUUUUAAUUCAUCCAUUCUGGGCCAUCUUUGUGGCCCUGGGAGUCCAGCCUCCCUGGACGUGGCGCCUGUCUUGCCAUCUGCUCGAUCGGUAGAUCCUUGGGAGUGUUUGCCACUGGGAGGAGGACGGCUGUGACACUGGCAGGUGAAUUGCUAGAGGCUAGAAUAGGUGAAUUGGGAACUUGACGUGGAUAGCAUCUGGUUCAUGAGUGGUUAAGACCAGGACAAUUCAUAGACAGGUUUUUCAGAGGGAGACGUGGGAGUUGACUCGGUCAUCUGUUCAGCUCUGUCAUGUAAGAGGAUUUCCCAGAAAGGGGAGCUUGACUUUCUCUUAAGAAGCUGGUUAAGGGGCUGGCGCUGUGGUGCAGCGGUUAAAGCCGCCGCCUGCAGUUCAGGCAUCCCAGAUGGUCGCUGGUUCAAGACUCGGCUGUUCCACUUCCGAUCCAGCUCUCUGCUAUGGCCUGGAAAAGCAGUAGAAGAUGGCCCAAGUCCUUGGGCCCCUGCACCCAUGUGGGAGGCCCGGCUGAAGCUCCUGGCUCCUGGCUUUGGAUCGGCGCAGCUCCGGCUGAUGCGGCCAUCUGGGGAGUGAACCAGUGGAUGGAAGACCUCUCUCUGUCUCUCUCUUAUCUCCUCUCUCUGUGUAACUCUGA